CCCGCUCCGCUCUCCCCGGUUCCGGUCACGUCGCUGAGUGUUUACGCCUCGGCUGGCGGGCUCUGCGCUCCCCGGCAGCCUGCGGCUUGCAACCCCGUCCUCGCUGCUGGGGGGAGCCGGGCCCCGCUCGGCCACGGAGACCGCCCCUUGGCCGCCAGGAGGAGAGCGAGGGCAGAAGGCAAAGAGGAGCUGGAGGGGCGGGGGGGGGGGUUUGUUUGCAUUGCGGCCCCCCCCCAUUGAGGAUUUGGGGGGGGAUGCGGGUGAACGCGGAGAGGGUGCCCUGGCUUUUCUAAGCCUCCCUUGUCCAGCUGCUGGGCAAGACCUCCCUUGAUGACACCCUGCAGCGGCCAGCACGUUCUCCUGUCGCCUCCCCAGGCUUGGACUGUUAAUUUUGUUGCGAUGGAGACCGUGUCCCUGGAGCACCAGAUCCAGAGCGUGCAGCGACAUAUUGCCUUCCUGAAGAAGGAACAGGUGGAACUGCUCCAUGACCUGCACCUCGAGAUCCUCCGAUUGCAAAAGCACUGCACAGAUCUGACCCAUGACCUUGAGACAAAGGAACUGGAAACUCACCAGCAAGAUGACAUUGAUCGGGAACUGGAGGAGAAGUGCAAGAUCAUGGAAGCCCAGCUGCAUGAGAAGGAGAAGGCUAAUCUGGAGCUGAGGAAGGAGCUCAGACAUAAGGAGACCCUGGUGUCCGCACUGAGAUGCAACCUCAGGAACAAGGAGAGGAAAUUCCUUGAGGAGCUGAAGAGAAGAAGCCACCGGGUGACUAUCCUUAACACGGAGCUGCAGAAGCAGACGGAGGCUGCUGCUUAUCUCUCCUUCCAGCUACAUGCCACCAAACAGAAACUGCAUGGCUCCCGGCAAGGUGGCAAACCCCCCUCUGACAGGCCUCCGGACAAACCAUUCCCUACGCAGCCUUCCAGUGAGACAAGGCCCAGAAAACGAAUCCACAAGUCUUACGUUCGGAAGCUGGUGACCGACUGCUCCUGUAGCAAGGGAGUCAUCAAGGACUCCUUCCAGAGGGAGAGGAUGAGCAACUUCGAAGAGGCAGACCCCAUGCCCGACCCAGCACUUUUUUUAUACACUAAAAGGCACCACGCUCCCCAUCGUCAGAAAUUUGACCCCAAAGCCCAGGCCCUUAGCAGAGCAGGGGUUGAUCCGAGUGACAGUGCUGCUGGGGGCUCAAGUCUGCUGAGGCCCUCCUGUCUUCAUUCCCAGGAGCAAGCAGAAGGUACGAGCACCAGGCCUUCAGCCAAACCCAAGCCCUCGAAGGGCGAGAAAGGCAAACAGCAUGGGUCCAACCCCAGGAAUUCAAAAGGCUUGGAGUAAAAACAAAGAAAGCGGAACAGUGUGGCUGCUAAAUGCAGAAAAUGAGUUUGGCUAUACCAAAAAAGAGACUGCGGCCUACAAAGAUUUCUUCCCCGCCAUCCCAUCAAGAAGUAAAAUACUGUUCAGUUUGGAUUCCCUCAAGAAGCUAGAAACAAUCUGACUCAUCUAAUAUCUCCAUUUAGGAUGACCAUGGAAUGGCUGUCUUAUCCCAAGGGAUGGUGGGGCAGGGGAGCGGGAGGGCAAGCAGUGCUGAGGGCAUUUUAAAUGUUGUUCUGGAGUUGACUCCAAGAGAAAAUGGGCACAGAUGUGGAACAUGGAGAGAAGGUUUGAGCAUGGAGGGAAUGGUUAUUAACAAUUGUCUAGAGCUUCCCUUUCGUAAAAAUUAAGAUUUCUGAGACUAAAAUCUCUUACCGUUAUUGUUAUCAUUGUUCCUUCUAGGUAAAACUGUUCUUAUUUUCAUUGGCACAGGUAGUGGUGGAGGGUGGCGGGGGUGGGGGUGGGGGGAAUGGCAGAAUUGCACAUAAAGCCGUUCACUAAUGGUGAACGUGGCAAUCGGCAGGAUGCGCCAAACUCAUCUUUGGUUCUAACUUCAUGACAUCACUGGAGUUGGGACAGGGAUGAAUUUGGCCCAAAAUGUCUAAUAUAAGGUAUUCCAGGUUCUGGAGAAUGUCGGCAGUUGAAUGACAAUCGGUCAAUUUAGUUUAAGAGGGAUUUUUAAAUCAUCUGCAGAAACAGUAUGGCCAAGCCAGUCAAGUCUGAAAUAGUCACUCACCAAUGUUGAAAUUCAUAUUUUCACCCAAAUUCCUCCUUUUUAAUAAUUAUGCAAAACUGAAUGGACAAGAUUUUGAAACAAGACCAUUGAUUUUGGGCACCUCUAUUUUUGAGGUGCCCAGUAUGAGAUAUCUCAAAGGGGUCUGAUUUUUCAGAAGCUGAUCUGAAAACCAGGCCCAUUUAAGUUAUCUCUAGAUGGGCACUCAAAGUCAAAAGUAAUUUUUGAUAACCUUGGCCAAUACUUUUGUUUUGCAUGUUAUUACAGCAGGUUUUCUAAAUGUGUCUUAGUUACUCCACAUUCCAGACAGAGUUCUCUAGUAAUCACUGUCUGUUACUACUCUGCUUAAACACCAGGAUUUUGUUUUUAAGUUAAGUUACUAAGCAUGCAAUAGUUCCUCACUGAAGUCCUGCUCAGAAGACCACAUUAGCAAUGAGCUACUUGAGGAUGAGAUCUCAUACAUUGCAAACAUUUUGUGGCAGAGCCAACCACUCGUUUCUUCUGUGAUACUGAAGGAAAGUGAUAAGGAAACUACAAAUCUGUCUUCUUUGGGGCUUGAGCCCCAUCUUUCUAGAUAGGUACUUGCAUGGUCCUCAGUACCAUGGUAUCUGAGCACCUUCCAGUCACAAUACCCCAGGGAGGUAUGAAAGAGCUAUUCUUAUCCCCAUUUAACAGAUGGAGAUCCCAGGCACAGGGUAGAUGAAGUGACUUAUCCAAGUUCACCCAGGAAGUGUGAAGCUGAGUCAGAAAUGGAACCCAGGUCUUCUGAGUCCCAGCCUAGUACCCUAACUACAUCAUUAUCCCCUCCUCCCUCACUAAGCCCAUUAGCGUCAAUAGGAGCAUUUCCAUUGAUUCAGUGGGCUUUGGGUCACAUCCUUGAAGAGUUCUUAUGCACAUGAUGGUUAUGAUUGUUGAAGCACACCAAGAUGCACCAGUGGGUGUUGCAUUGCUAAGCUAUUUGUGCCCACUGGGAGGCACAAAGCUGUGAGUGGGGUCCUACCUGAGAAGUUGUCCAAUAACACAUGUCCUAGAGUAUCUGUUGCUAUUGUACUAUAAGCCUUCUAUUUAUUUACAAGCUAUAUUUUCAGAAUGAAAUUCAGAAGUAUCUUUUGGUUGGUUGGUUUUGUUAGGCUAUGAAAAUGUACAGAAGGAAAAAGAAGCAACGAGAGAUAACCAGAACCGAAGACAGGGCCAGAUUCCCAAUUAGCCACAGUAGACAUGUGCCUAGGGGUGUUGGCAUUCUAGGGACAUCUUAGCUUUCUAAAACUGUGUGCAACACGAAGGUCAGCUGUAGGGGCGGGGGACAGGGGGGCACUGAAGAUGCUGUGCCUAGGGGCUCGUAAGGUGUCAAUCCGGCCCUGAUCAAAGAGUCUAAAACUGGCCCUUUGUUGAAGAGGUGAGAUCAUCUGAUUUUUCUCUUGGACCUUCCAGAAAUUAUUGUCAUCUUGCAUGGUCCCUCUGACUCUACUGCUUCAACAACCCCAGACCCACAGAGGCUCCUACUCUACCCUGUGGACCUUCUAUGGACACUACUUGAUUCCCAAGACUCUUCAGGAGCUAGAGCCUUCUUGUUCACUCACUGACCCCUUAUGGUAUUAUCCUUGGACCCCACUGAAUCUCUGGUACUUUUCAACAGCUCCCUCAAUCCUCAGGCAUGUCACUUCACCAAUUCAACACUACUUAACUUCAAAACAAAAGGCAUGAAUAAGCUGAAGGCUUUAGCCUCCAAUAUAAAGCUCCAAAAUCUGUGAUGUGCCUUUAGCAUCCUGCAACAGCUUAACAAUUAGAGGAAGAAAAAAUUAUUGUGAAGAUUAGAUGGAGAACCGAGUUCUGAUUUUAGUACUUCAGUGGAUGCUCGGCACCUUGCAGGAUCCUCUGUUACUCUGCAGUAACUGAGAGCAAAAUUUUGACCCAUGUGGUUUUUGACUACCUUCUAACCAAUUAGCUUUUUUUUUUUCUACACUCUCCUUUCUAUUGGCUGCUGGAAGUGUGGCUAAGUUAGUGGCUCUGACUGUGUCUUACCAGUGCACAAAUACAUGCCUGUGUUAAAUAUUACAAAAGCAAACCAGUCACUUGCUGUUUUGAUAUUUAGGGACACAUUUGCAAACACAACCCACUACAACUGGGCACUUUUUUUUUUUUUUUUGCAGGCAUGGCAUGCAUGUGUGAAUAUCUAACCAGGGCUAAAAUGCCAGACCUAUUAAAAUCAAUGGAAAUUUGUCCAUUGACCUCAUUAGGGCCAGGAUUUCAUCCCACAUAUCCAGCUAGCUACUCAAUUUGCAUGUGAAUAUAGGUGCCUGUAGGAAAAUAAUGCAGAUUCCAUUUUUCCAAAGCCAGUUUGGUACCUCUUAGAAAAUCUGGUCCUAACUGACCAGCUCUAUUUACCAAUAAUUUGAGGUCGCUCAUGUAGUGCUCAUGCAUAUACAAAGGUAUCUAUUUUUGUAGUGCAAUAUUUAUAUAUUAAAAUACUUUUAUCAGAUUCUAGGUAACAAUUACUAGCUCAACUUUUUGAAUUAUAAAAAUAAAAUUCAGAAUAGAAGAUUUAUUCUACUGAGGCAGAAAAUUGCAUUUUUGUACCUUUUCUUUGAAAGAGAAGAUUAUCUGUUCCUUUAAAUUUUUCCUUGCCCUCUAUGGGAUAUGUGUUCUUGACCUGUGUUCUUUAAACACAGUUUUGAAUUCAGUAUGAAAUGCCAUGGCUUCAUCUGUGAAGACCUCUGUAUAGCACAGGACUGGUUUAUCAAUUAAGCCCUAAGGGCCAGAUUUACUAAGGUAUUUAGCGCCCGAAGAUGUAAAUAGGUCCCAAGUAUGAUUUUCAAAAGUACCUAAGCCUGUUAAGCACCUAAAUCCCCUUGAUUUCCAUGACAGAUGCCUGCUUUUGAAUAUCACACAAGGUCCCUAUCUGCACUUUGAAAAUCUGUCCCUAAGUAUCGACCACUUCCAAAGCAAGAAACAGAAGGAUGUAGGAAAAAGAUACAGAGCUGCACCUCUUAGAGUAUGUCUACACUGCUAUCAGAGAUGUGACUGUAGCAUGAGCUGGAAUAGCAACACUAGCUUCAAUCUAGCUAGCGCAGCUAAAAAUAACAGUAAAAAGAAAAGGAGUACUUGUGGCACCUUAGAGACUAACAAAUUUAUUUGAGCAUAAGCUCUCGUGAGCUACAGCUCACUGUAGAUGCAGUGGCAUGGGCUUCAGUGCAGACUGUACAAGCACGCCAGGGACACUGGGUGUAUACUUGCAUUGAUAGCCUAUGCUGGAGCCCAUACCGCUACGUCUUCACUGCUCGUUGUAGCCAGGCUAGCUAGACAAAAGGGAGCGUGGCUCUGCCAGCACAUGCUGCAAUCACACCUCUGACUGCAUGAGCUGCAAACGGGCAGGAGUAGUACAGUUAUCCAGUCAUUUCAGGGCCCUUUACUAGAUUGCUAGCUGCCUUCUGUUUUUGAGAAACAGCUCAUUAGACUCAUUCUAUUAACUUACUACACUGAAGUAUGACAGGUUUCAGAGUAGCAGCUGUGUUAGUCUGUAU